AUAUCAGCCAAGUCGCUGCCAUCCGCAUCAGAGUUCGUGCGCCUAGAAGGACGGGGGAGCCCACUGCACUACUGCGUGUGAGAGCGAGAGCAGAGGGUGAAGGAUCUGUACCGAGACGAGAAGCUGCAAAGAAAUACAAGGACGCGACGCGGAAAAAAAAAGCCGCCAAGUUGAGACGCAACUAUGGAGAGAGCGAUGUUGGGACGGGUCGGGAUUUGUUGCACCUUGCUUGCUGUAGCGCUGCAAGUAUGUCUGGCUUCAGUCAUGGUCAAGGUGACCCCAGAGGUGGAAGUGAUUAAAGGAGAAACCGCCAAACUACCUUGCAGCUACGCCACCUCUGCACCGGCCUCUCCCAUUGUGGUCCACUGGCUCAUUGAGGUUGCAGGUGCAAGAAAGCAAAUUGCUUACAAGUCUUCCCAAGGUUUUGGCGUUGAUGCAGGCACAGGAAUGACAGAUCGCUUAACCAUGGGAGAGGACUUGUCCCUCACCAUCUCCCCAGUCAUGGUGGAAGAUGAGAGAACCUACUUCUGCCAAGUGACCGCAGGACCUUUAGGGUUUUCUGAUAAUAAGACCCAGGUCAAGGUUUUCUUUGCUCCGGAGAAGCCAAUGAUCACAGGAAAUAAUCAGGCUAUCACUGUCAGUCAUGACACUUCAACCUCCUCUGAAGUGGCCAAAUGCAUCAGCAGGAACGCUUUUCCUCAGCCUCGUAUUAUCUGGUUUAAAGAUGCCACCCCUCUGCCCGAAGUAAAGGACCAAAAGGAAAAAACUUAUAUGAUACCUAGUGUGGUGAAGGAAGCCUCAGGCCUGUACACCAUGACCAGCACGCUGUUCAUGCAGCCGGUUAAAGACGAUGCUAAAUCAGUCUUCCACUGCACGGUGGAGUACAGCAUGCCAAACAACCAGAUCAAACAGGAGAGCUCCGAUAAAUUCAGCCUCUCGUUGCUCUAUUCAACAGAAAAUGUGUUCUUCAAACUGAAGAAGCAGGGGCCAGUCAAAGAGGGGGAUGAUGUGCUGAUGGAGUGUGAGACUGAUGGAAACCCUCAGCCAGAGUUUGAAUUUUACAAAGAGGAUGAAGUACUGCAAGGAUCGAAAGGAACGUUAAAAUUGAAGAGCGUCACUCGAAAGGAUGCUGGGAUGUAUAAGUGUGAAGCUCUGGACUUUGACGCCUUGGAUGGUGUCGAACUUACUAAAACUCUAAGCUUAAGUGUGCACUAUCUUGACCCUGUGGCAGUGACUCCAGAAGGCCCAUUGCUUGCUGCUAAAGGAGAUACUGUGGAGCUUCAGUGUAAGACCAAGUCCUCUGAUGAAUACACCCUGCAGUGGAAAAAGGACUCAAAGGUGCUGUCACAGACGGGUGUGUUGACUCUUGAGUCAGUGACUCUGGCUAAUGCUGGUGUGUAUUUAUGUGUCGGAGCAGUACCUUCAGUGCCAGGUCUCCAAAAACAAGCCAAUGUCACCCUUACCAUCACAGGUAAACCUGAGAUUGAUGCUUCAGUGAAUGGUUUUGUUGAUAAGGAAGGAGGGAUGGUCACUCUCAACUGCUCUGCUCUUGGUUAUCCUGCUCCACAGUUCACCUGGACACCUUCUGGCAAAGAGUCAGUGACAGUAGUGGGGAAUAAGGUGAUCAGCACGGUCACUCUUGAGGCUUCGGCUGCGGUUCUGAAGGAUGGUGUGAUUUGUGAAGCAUACAACAAGCAUGGAAGAGACAGCAAGAACUUCAAGGUGUCCAUCAAAUCAGAUCCAGACAAAGCAUCAGAUUCCAAUGCUGCUAACCAAGGAAACCCUGUCUUCAAAACAGCGGAGAAACAGCAGGGAGGUUCGAGCGCGGUCGUGAUUGCGGUGGUGGUGUGCGUUCUGCUGCUUCUCCUCCUGGUGGCUCUGCUCUUCUUCCUUAGUAAGAAGGGCAAGCUGAGCUGUGGGAAAAAGGACAAGAAGGAUGUGGCAUCUGGGGAGGUGAAAGGUGGUAUUGUGGUGGAGAUGAAGUCCAGUGAUAAAGGCAAUGAAGAGGCUGGUCUGCUAAACAAAUCACAUGCAGAACAGUGAUAAAAAAGAAGAAAAGAGACAAGUAAGAACAAGAUCUCCAGAGACGUAGAGGAUGGUGGUGGAAUUAAGAGUGCUCUGAUGGAGGAGAAGAGAGGAGAUGGAGGAAAGAGAAGAUGAAUUCAUUUUAGCUGUACAGUUUUCUUUUUUGAAAUAUUGUGGGAGGGGCUAUGAUGUUGAACUGAGGGUGGGUUUCUGUUUGGGAGGGGCAAUAAAUGUAAAUCUGGCAUUAUUUUGAUAAGGGUACAUACUGUGUCCUGAUUGUGUUAUCAAGCCAAUCUUUGUAGUACAACUCUGUGAAAUAGAGCGCGGCUUAAUGCAGUGUUCUUGUACCCAAAACAAAGCAGAAAAGUCACUGUGGACACUGGAUGUUACGCUUCAUGCUGUGCUGCACCCUGGUUAUGUCGAUUAGUUCAUGUUUUUGAAUAGUGCAGUACAGCCUCUUUUUGCAUUACUGCACUUACUGUGUAUAUUUUUGAUAGUGAACUGCACUCGUGCCAUUACCCCGAUUAGUCAACCCUACAGACCACUAUACGCUUUGACCACGAUCUGCAUGGAGCAUAUGGAUGUGCCAUUAUACACACUGUCCAGCUGUACAUUCAACGCUGGUAAAAUAAUCAAGCUGUCAUUCAUAUCAGUCUUCAUAUGGUCAAAUAUUCAUAUUUUUGCCUUAGAUAUUUUAGACCAUGCCUACAUGUCCCACACCUAUAUCUUUUGAGCUAAAACCAAAAGCCAGUGGUGACAGAAAAGAAAGAGAGUGUGUGAGAAUCCCAUUCAAACCAUAUAUCUGAAUGCAUGGACCCAUUCAGCUCAAGCCUGAGAGUUGUGGAAGAGUUACAGAACUAACUCAAUCAUCUCAUUUCCUCUGAACUGCACUGAAUUCCAUUCAACAGCCCAAACAUGUUCAAAGACUUUCACCUAACUCUGUAAUUAUUACACAUGGGUUAGUAAGGGGACAGGUCAGAUCCUUCUUUGUCUUUUAAAAUGCCUCAUAACGGGAUUAAGCAUUCACUAGUUUAUAUAGACUCAACUCCAUUAUUCUUUUUGGAUAAUUAAAGUGCUGAGCGUAUUUGGAAAUUAUCUACUUACUGAGCAGAAAUCAUAACAAACAUACUGUCCCAAUAUACUAUUGAGUUUCAUCUUUUUCCAACACUAUUAAUAUCACUAUGUUUUUCAUAAUUUAUAAUGAAACAUAUCAAAUUAAACACCUUCAGCCUUUUC